AUGGUGUUCUAUCCUCCCAAAUGGGUACCGGAACUCCCGAUAGCCCCGCCUGAUUCCAUCUCUAUUGCAGAGUUCAUGAGACGUGAAGAUCUCGGGCGAUGUCCUGUAUCGGAAAGCCGAAACCCCUUCACAUGCGCUCUCACUGGGCGCACGUACUCAGUGUCCGAGCUGUUCCAUCGAUCUGAAUCCCUCGCCAAAGCCUUUUCUCAGCGAUUAGGGUGGCUACCUAACGAAGGUACAGCAUGGGAAAAGGUUGUUGCUAUUUUUGCUCUAAACACUGUCGAUUAUAUCACUGCAGUGUACGGCGUGCACAGAUUAUCGGGAAUUGUAACGCCUGCAAAUGCUGUUUACUCUGCUGCGGAAUUCCAACAUCAGUUGGUAUCAUCAGGCGCGAAAGCCGUCAUUACAUGCCCCCCCCUGCUUGACGUAGCCUUACAGGCCGCGAGGGGAGCUGGCAUUCCUGACAGUCAUGUAUUCAUUAUGGACACUCCUGGAUAUAAGACCAAGGACGGCAUACCACAUGCAACAAUCGAGGACCUCAUUUCAGAAGGCGACAAGCUUGAAGAGAUUGAGCACUUGAAAUGGACCAAAGGCCAAGGUGCUCGUCAGCCUGCCUUUCUAUGUUAUUCCAGUGGAACUUCUGGCCUGCCGAAAGCAGUAAUGAUUUCUCAUUGCAACGUAAUUUCCAACGUGUUGCAGCAUGCGACAUACGAGUCUGUCGCGAGAAAACAGAGAGGGGUGAGAGUCCAAAAUGUGCUUGGAUUCCUUCCAUUUAGCCAUAUCUAUGGCCUCAUUGUUGUGGCUCAUACCUGCACAUGGCGUGGUGACGGAAUUUUCGUGUUGCCAAAGUACGAUUUCACCUGGUUCCUGGAAUCGAUUCAGAAAUACAAAAUCGAGCAGCUCCUCGUGGUACCUCCAAUUAUCAUCACAAUGUUGCGCAACAAGAAAACCUGUCAGAAGUACGAUCUAAGCAGCGUUCGUUUUGUGUACAGUGGUGCCGCUCCCUUAGGCAAUGAGACCAUUGAUGAGGUCCAAAAAAUGUACCCUAUGUGGAUUAUCGCCCAAGCAUAUGGGAUGACAGAAACUUCGGUUGUUGUCACUUCACCAAGUGAACACGAUGUGUACCCAAGGGCUUCAGGGUCUUUGUUGCCAGGGACGAAGGCAAAAAUAUUGGACCCUGAGGGCAGAGAGAUAACCGAUUAUGAACAGCCCGGGGAACUUCUCGUUCAAGGCCCAGCGGUGGUCUUGGGUUAUCUGAACAACGAGUUAGCAACCUCGGAAACAUUCGUCCAUCAUGAUGAUGGACGGUGGAUUCGAACUGGAGAUGAGGCUCUUGUCGCAGUAGCCCCCUCUGGUAACGAGCAGAUUGUCAUCGUCGAUCGAAUCAAGGAGUUGAUCAAAGUCAAGGGUCACCAAGUUGCACCAGCUGAACUCGAGGCACAUAUAUUAUCGCACCCCGCAGUGGCAGACUGUGCAGUCAUUCAGACACCCGAUGACAAGUCUGGAGAAGUCCCAAAGGCUUUUAUAGUAAAGUCCCCUGAGGCAGCGUCCAUGUCUGAUGAGGAGGUUGCCCAAAAAGUGAUGGCAUAUGUUGCCGAGCACAAAGCACCCUACAAGUGUAUCAAGGGCGGUGUGGAGUUUCUUGACAUGAUCCCUAAGAGUCCAAGCGGUAAGAUUCUGAGGCGAUUACUCCGAGACCAAGAGAAGGAGUCAAGGAGAAAGCAAGGCACAAAGCUGUAG